AUGGAUACUAACCCCAUCUUCUCCAUGGUUGCUCUCCUUCUGCUGGUGCUUCAGAGUCCUUUAGAGUCGUUCGACUCUUUGGAAAGUCCAGCAAGAUACACAUCAAUGGGUUGGAUGUUGGAGAAGUUUAUAUGGGCAUUUCUUAUUGAGUGCACAUUCCUUGCUGGUUUAUCUCAUUCUCAUCAAGGUGAUGCUUUCUUCAAAGUACUCCUUUGUAAGAAAGGAACAUCUGCUCCACGGAUCCUGUCUUAUGACUACAUAAUCAUUGGUGGAGGAUCAUGUGGGUGUCCCAUUGCAGUAACUCUCUCACAAGGUGCAAGAGUUUUAGUCCUUGAAAGGGGAGGUUCUCCUUACACAAAUCCUGAGCGAAUCCACCUAAAGAACUUUGUCAACUCCCUGGCUGAUAUAAGCCCUUCAUCCUUUUCCCAACCGUUCCUAUCCACAGAUGGGGUUCUUAAUUCCAGGGCUCGUGUCCUUGGUGGUGGCUCUGUCUUGAAUGCAGGGUUCUAUUCAAGGGCUAGCUCCGAGUAUGUGAGGACUUCGGGUUGGAAUGAAUCUUUGGUUGAGGAUUCUUAUAAAUGGGUCGAAAAGAAAGUGGUUUUUGAGCCCCAAUGCUGCAGUGGCAAUCAGCAGUGA